AAAGACCUCCAUUCCAGGCGGGUCGACGAUAGAGCUACGCGUUCGCAUAGAAUCGUAUGUCCUAUCUGGAAAGAUAGUGUUAUGCAAUUCUUUACGUUUGUAGACAUGCAGUACCACACCCGUUAGUGUAAUUGUAACGAGAACAACCUUUUUAGUGUACCUACCUUUUUGUUGUACUUUCCACGUGUUAAUAGCUAAGUCAAGCAAGGAAUUGACGCAGCAAUGCCGCCAGGGCCUGUACAAAUGGUUCAGCCUGAGCCCAACCACAAACCUGAUGAGCCUACGGAGGAAACCCCUGCAACAAAACCCAUAGUUGGCAUCAUCUAUCCACCUCCUGAGGUCCGAAACAUUGUUGAUAAGACUGCCAGCUUUGUAGCCAGGAAUGGACCCGAAUUCGAGGCGAGGAUCCGACAGAAUGAGAUCAACAACCCAAAGUUCAACUUCCUGAACCCCAAUGACCCCUACCAUGCCUAUUACCGCCACAAGGUCAAUGAAUUCAAGGAGGGCAAGGGCCAGGAGCCAUCGGCUGCUGUGCCCAAGGUCAUGCAGCAGCAGGCUCUGCAGAACUCACAGCAGCUUCCUCAAAAGGUGCAGGCCCAGGUGAUUCAUGAGACUGUGGUGCCCAAGGAGCCACCGCCUGAGUUUGAGUUUAUUGCUGACCCUCCCUCGAUCUCAGCAUUUGAUCUAGAUGUUGUCAAGCUGACUGCCCAGUUUGUUGCACGCAACGGGCGCCAGUUCCUUACGCAGCUCAUGCAGAAAGAGCAGCGAAAUUAUCAGUUUGACUUCCUGCGUCCGCAACACAGCCUCUUCAACUACUUCACCAAGCUUGUAGAGCAGUACACUAAGAUUCUGAUCCCUCCGAAGGGCCUCCUGAUGAAGCUGAAGCGGGAGGCUGAGAACCCCAGGGAGGUGCUGGAUCAGGUGAGGUACCGUGUUGAGUGGGCGAAGUUCCAGGAGCGUGAACGGAAGAAGGAGGAGGAGGAGCGAGAGAAGGAGCGUGUGUCCUAUGCCCAAAUUGACUGGCAUGACUUUGUAGUGGUGGAGACUGUGGACUUCCAGCCUAAUGAGCAAGGCCACUUCCCCCCACCCACCACACCGGAGGAGCUGGGAGCUCGCAUUCUCAUCCAGGAACGCUACGACAAGUUUGGAGAGAGUGAGGAGGUGGAGAUGGAGGUUGAAAGUGAGGAUGAGGAGGAGGACGAGCGUGAGACUCGGGACGAAGGGCGCCCCACGCAGCCUGACCAGGACACGCAGCUGCAAGACAUGGAUGAGGGUUCUGAUGAUGAGGACGAAGGCAAGGCCCCAUUGCCCCCAGACAACCCCAUGCCCCCUCCACUGCCCCCUACUCCAGACCAGGUCAUUAUCCGCAAGGACUAUGACCCCAAAGCCUCCAAGCCCCAGGCUCCAACCAAGGCUUUGGAUGAAUACCUCAUCUCGCCCAUCACCGGUGAGCGGAUCCAGGCCAGUAAGAUGCAGGAGCACAUGCGCAUUGGUCUCCUGGAUCCCCGCUGGCUGGAGCAGAGAGACCGCGGCAUCAGAGAGCGGCAGAUCGAGGAUGAGGUGUACGCCCCUGGCAUGGACAUUGAGAGCAGCCUGAAGCAGCUGGCUGAGAGGCGUACCGAUAUCUUUGGUGUGGAGGAGACAGCCAUCGGUAAGAAGAUUGGAGAAGAGGAGAUCCAGAAGCCUGAGGAGAAGGUGACCUGGGAUGGGCACUCCGGAAGCAUGGCCCGUACUCAGCAGGCAGCGCAGGCCAACAUCACCCUACAGGAGCAGAUUGAGGCCAUUCACAAGGCUAAGGGGCUGGUGCAGGAAGACGAGACUAAAGAGAAGAUUGGACCGAGCAAGCCUGAGCUUUACCAUCAUCACCAGUCGCCCCUCAUCUCCUCGUCCCCCAUUCUGCCAAAACCCACCCCUCCGAUGACCACCAUGGCCCGGGCCCCUCCCUCCAUGCCUCCCCCGGUGCGUACUACUCUCCUGUCAGCUGUGCCUGUGAUCCCACGACCCCCUAUGGCUCCUGUGCAGAUGCGACUGGCCUCUGGACAGGUCCUGACACCAAUGCCCCCCAUGAUGCAUGCUCCGCGAAUCAACGUGGUGCCCAUGCCCCAGCCGCCUCACAUGAUGGCCCCCAGACCACCCCCCAUGGUGGUCCCAACUGCAUUUGUCCCGGCCCCUCCAGUCCCGCAGCCCCCUCGCCCUGACCCCCAGCCACCAUCCCAUCCACCCCCACCCCACGAUGAUGAGCCUUCCAGCAAGAAGAUGAAGACCGAGGACAACCUUAUGCCAGAGGAGGAGUUCCUGCGCAGAUACAAGGGUUCAGUGUCGAUCAAAGUGCAGGUUCCUAACAUGCAGGACAAGACAGAAUGGAAGCUAAGUGGACAAGCGCUCAAUUUCACUGUUCCACUCACAGAUCAGGUCUCUGUUAUUAAAGUCAAAAUCCAUGAAGCUACUGGCAUGCCGGCAGGAAAGCAAAAGCUACAGUAUGAGGGAAUAUUCAUAAAAGACUCCAACUCCCUGGCCUACUACAACAUGAACAACGGUUCAGUUAUACACCUGGCACUGAAGGAGAGAGGUGGCAGAAAGAAGUGAGGUGUGCAUAACUUCAGCGGUCUUCUGUCUGUUAUACACACAGCCAGUUUGUGAUAAUGUUGUAAUUUACCCGUAUGUCAUUAUUAUAAUUUGGGUGAAUGAGCAACUUUGUCUUAGAUCUUUCAAAACGAUGUAUGUUCAAUACUGGUCAUAACAAUUGUAAAGAAUGCUUAUGACGAAUUAAUCAUACACUGCAAUUAGCUAGUUUACUAUUUUUAAGUGUUUUAUGUAUUCUUUUCUGAUUGUUCAUUGUACUGUAAAUGGAUUUAAGCUUAUGCUGCUGUGUUGCAGGGGGGUUUAUUUGAGGUCUUUGUUUUUUGUAAAUCCCACAGUGUCUUGUUACACAUGUCCACAGCAUUGCUACUGUCUGUCAAUUUAUCAAAUAAAGUAAUAAAAUGCUACCGUUUUAUCACUUG